AUGUCCUUCGCCCAGCCUUAUUUGGAAGAAAGUACCAUGAAGUGUGUCAGUAAGAAGGACUGUGGUUGCUACGAUGGAGAUGGAACUCAUUACAACGAUGGAGAGGUUAUACCUUCCAAGGAGAACUGUCAGACAUGUCGUUGUUCAUCAACUGAGGUCAGUUGCAGCUAUGAUGUCCAAGCUUGUUAUUGUUUCUACGACGGCAGAACAUACCCGUAUGGAGCGACCGUAUAUCACACAUCUGACGGUGACGGGACCUGUAUUACUGCCACCUGCAAAGAGAAUGGAACUAUUGUCCGGAUUAUGAACCCCUGUCCCAGCACCCCAACUCCAACAACUACACCAAGUGUUACAACAACACAGAUAUUCACUCAAGCACCGACCACAACAGUAUUUGUUUUCUCAUCUCCUACCACAACCACAACCCAUACCCCUACCCCCACAACAACCCCGACUUCACCAACACCCACUUCACCCACUACUACUCCACACUGCCUGACCAAGACUGUCUGUGAAUGGUCAGACUGGAUUAGCAAAUACUAUCCCUCUGUUGGACCAGAAGGAGGAGAUUUUGAAACCAUAGAAAAUAUAAGGAAAUCUGGAAUUAAUAUUUGUAGCCAACCGAAGGAAGUAGAAUGCAGAGCCAAAGACAACAUCUAUGUUCCUUUGGCCGAACUAGGUCAAAAUGUUGAAUGCAAUCCCUCAAUUGGACUGAUAUGCCGCAACAAGGAUCAAGGCAUCCCACCAAUAUGCUACAACUAUGAGAUCAGAGUCAGAUGUUGUGUUGAUGUUUGUGGCAAUGAGACACCUCCCACCGCAGAAAGGCCCACAACAACCAUUAUAACAUCAACAACUACCCCAACAACAAGAACAACAACAGAAAGUCAAACAACAACAGAACGUCCAACAACAACAACAGAAAUUCCAACAACCACAACUAAGUCAACAACUCCAUCCAUAACAACAAUAGUAACAGACGAAGUUACAACUGGUCCAGAAUCAACAACACCUACCACCACAACAACAACAACAACCACCACAGAAAGUCCAUCAACCACAACUACCCCAACAACAAGAACAACAACAGAAAGUCAAACAACAACAGAACGUCCAACAACAACAACAGAAAUUCCAACAACAACCACCACAGAAAGUCCAUCAACCACAACAACAACUAAGACAACAACAUAUUCUCCAACAGGUGAAACAACAGAGGAAAUUACGACUGGUCCUGAAUCAACAACACCUACAACAACCCCUACUACUACCCAAAUAACAACCCCUACCAUUACCCCAAUGACAACCCCUACCAUUACCCCAACUACUACCACAACAACAAUUCAGACGAGGACUACCUCUGAGGUUACAACAACAGCAACCACCAAAGCAUCUACCACAACAACAGCCUUCACUGUAGUCACAAAUCCACCAUACACAAAACCAACAGAAAAGCAAAUCUCAAACUUGACAACACAGACAGAAGAAACUACUACAUCAAACCCAACCACCACCCCUACCAUUACCCCAACAACAACCCCUACCAUUACCCCAAUGACAACCCCCUACCAUUACCCCAACGACAACCCCUACCAUUACCCCAACAACAACAACAACAACAGAAAGUCCAACAACAACAACAGAAAGUCCAACAACAACAACAGAAAAACCAACAACAACCACAACAACCACUACACCACCACCAACAACAACCACAACAACCACUACACCACCACCAACAACAACCACAACAACCAUUACUUUGACAACAACCCCUUCCACUACGCCCUCAACAACCCCUACUUCACCAACACCCACUUCACCCACUACUACUCCACACUGCCUGACCAAGACUGUCUGUGA